AUGGGAGUGCAUGACCUGUGGCAGAUUUUGGAGCCUGUUAAGCAACACACCCACUUGCACAGUCUUAGAGGAAAAACCAUUGCCGUUGAUCUGAGUCUCUGGGUGUGUGAGGCACAGACAGUCAAGAAAAUGAUUGGAACAGUCAUAAAGCCCCACCUCAGAAAUUUGUUUUUUCGAGUUUCAUUUUUAACACUAAUGGAUAUAAAACUGGUAUUUGUUAUGGAAGGGGAACCCCCAAAGCUUAAAGCAGAUGUCAUAAAUAAGAGAAAUCAGAUUCGGUAUGGGCCAUCCGAAAAACCAUUUUCUCGGAAAACAGGAAGAUCACAUUUUAAAUCAGUCUUAAGAGAGUGUCUUGAGAUGCUAAACUGCUUGGGUAUUCCAUGGGUUGAGGCUGCUGGGGAAGCUGAAGCCAUGUGUGCAUACCUCAAUGCUAAUGGUUAUGUAGAUGGUUGCCUCACCAAUGAUGGAGAUGCUUUCCUUUAUGGAGCACACACUGUGUACAGGAACUUUACUAUGAAUACAAAGGACCCACAUGUUGACUGUUACACAGUGUCGUCUAUCAAGAGUAAACUAGGUUUGGACAGAGAUGCUCUAGUUGGGCUAGCAAUACUGCUUGGCUGUGAUUAUCUUCCAAAGGGAGUCCCUGGAGUUGGAAAAGAGCAAGCAUUAAAACUUAUACAGACUUUGAGAGGGCAAAGUUUGCUACAGAGGUUUAAUCAGUGGAAUGAAAAUUCUUGCGGCUCUGUUCAACAAGCACAAGUAGUUAAAAAACUGGCGCAUUGUUCUGUGUGUUCCCAUCCAGGUUCACCUAAGGAUCAUGAACGCAAUGGAUGCAAAUUAUGUAAAAGUGAUAGAUUUUGUGAACCACAUGAUUAUGAAUACCUUUGUCCAUGUGAGUGGCACUGUAUCGAACGUGAUAGACAACUAAAUGCAGUAGAGAACAAUAUUAAGAAAAAAGCUUGCAGUUGUGAAGGAUUUCCAUUCCCUCAGGUUAUUCAAGAAUUCCUUCUGAACAAGAAUAAGUUGUUAAAGAUAAUCAGGUACCAAAGACCUGAUUUGUUGUUAUUUCAGAGAUUUACCUUUAAAAAAAUGGAGUGGCCCAAUCACUAUGCAUGUGAGAAAUUAUUGGUGCUUUUAACCCACUAUGACAUGAUGGAAAGAAAAGUUGGUAGAAAGAACUCUGAUCAACUGCAUCCAAUUCGAAUUGUCAAGAACCGAAUCAGAAAUGGAGUUCAUUGCUUUGAAGUUGAAUGGGAAAAACCUGAACAUUAUACUGUAGAAGAUAAGCAGAAUGGAGACUUGAUUCUCCAAACAAUUGAAGAAGAAUCAUUGUUUAAAGCAGCCUAUCCUGAGAUUGUUGCUGUUUAUCAAGAACAAAAGUUAGAACGUAAAGAAACAAAACAGAAAAGUAUGAAAAUUAAGCCAAAAGAAAACAGUUUGCCAGAAUCAGAUGAUGUAAUAAGUUUUCAGUCACACAUGAAUUUAAAAUCCACAUAUGAAGCCUUUCCUAAGCAGAAUUCUAAAUUAUAUUUUGACAUUUCUUCAGAUGUUAAACUACCCCAAGAAUGUAUUUCUCAGCCACCAAAUAAUUUGCUUUUACCUGAAGAUGCUUCCUGUUUGUAUAUACAAGAUGAGCUAAUGGCUUCUCCAAGACCUUUGGCUACGCGUCAAAUUAAAGACAAUAAGUUUCCAACUUCAGUAUCUAGUCACCCCAAUCAUUCAUCCCAUAAUAUAUCGGUGGUUGCUGAUCUACACUUGAGUACUAUUGACUGGGAAAGUACUUCUUUUAAUAAUUCUCCAGCUAUUCAGAAGAACAUUGUCUCUCACAGUGUUAAAUCAGAACUUGAAAUGAGUAUCCCCAGUAAUUUUGAAAAUAAAAUAGAACAAUUGCCAUAUGAAUCACAAGGCUAUACCACAAACAUCUAUAAGAUAUUGGGUGAAGACCAUCAGAAGACUAGUCCUGAAGACCAUCUGCUUUCUGGCAUUACCGAUUUACAUCUUCAAGAUUUGCCUUUAAAGGAACGAAUACAUCUCAGAGCAUAUCAGAGUAAAAUGCAAGCUCAGUCCCUAUUUAAGGUGAAAGAACCUUGCAUUGCUGGCAACAUUUCUGAUUCACCACUUUUGUCAAAGAAUCUCACAACUGUUAAUUUGCAAAACGAAUCCACAAACUCUCAAGUUCCAAAACGGGACCAUCUGCUUCAAGAAAACUGUGAAGUAAAUACUGCUUUAAAUCAUAAUAAAAAAAAUGAUGCCCAAACCACUCAGAAAAUUGUAAUAAAGAAGAGCGUUUGCCUUGACGUAUACUCCUCUGAUGAAGAAAGUGCCCCAGUGUUUGGAAAAGCAAAAUCUACAACCCAGAAUGGGAAGCAGUAUUCUCAGAAGCAUAACCCAGCCCCACACAGGGAAAAGGAUGUUAACAAACUGAGUAACCAUAAAAUACAUAUUAAAAAAACUGAACAGCGUGUCCAGGCUUCUAAAAUAACUGGAAAUGAAGAAACCUAUUCCUUGGACCCAGCACAAAGGUCUCUAAGAUUUUUACAGCGUCAGAAGGAAAAAGAAGCCCUUGAUGUGUAUUUGAGUAGUCCUCUUCCUUUAUGUCAGAGAUUAAAACUAAGGUUCCAGAGAGAGCACUUGAAAUGA